AUGGUGGAAUAUCACAUAAAAAGAAAUGUAUCUGAAAAGAAACGUUCCCUGGGCAGAGACUACAAUCCUCUUUGUCUUAAGUGCACCCAGUGCAAAAGGCAACUCAGUCCUGGUCAACAUGCAGAGUAUGAUGACAAACCUUACUGUAAUCACUGCUAUCUUCGACACUUUGGACCAAGAGGAACAAGGCAUUCUCUGACUUCUUUAGCUCCUGGGGCAGCUUCCUCCAAGGUCCCAGUGCCCACUCAGAGUGGCUUGAAGACUGAAUCUUAG